CUGACCGCUUUACUAAGAACUGCAUUUAGGUGUUCUAUCGUUUCCUUGCGUCAUUACGCCAAAUUAACUUCUGCCACUCAAAAUUCAUUUUUGGCUCCAAAACGAAAAUUCCAUUCUAUUUAUUUUUCGGGGUUGACGUCAAACGGCCCGAAAAACACAAGAAAUACUGCCUUAUUAUCAUUGAUUGCACAGAAGCCAUUAACUAGAAAGUAUGCAACUAAGACCGUGAAGGUUCCUACCUUGGCUGAAUCAAUUGUAGAAGGAAGUCUUUCAAAGUGGAAUAAACAGAUCGGAGAUUUUGUUCAACAAGACGAGGAAGUGGCAACGAUUGAAACAGAUAAGAUCAAUGCUCCUGUAAACUCUCCUUACUCUGGGACGAUACUUGAGCUUUACGCAAAUGAACAAGACACUGUGACA